AUGGGCUCCAACGCCCUCAACGACUACAGCAACUCCGAGAACGAAUUUUGGAUAUUCGGAUAUGGCGAAGACCACCGCGGCACACCCACCUCCCCAGGACGAGUCGUAACGCUCAUCCCGCACGCCCACUGGCUCACACUCCACGAUCCACAUCCGAUCCCCUCCGAAACCACCUCUCCAAAAGUAUGGGGAACCGCCUAUCGAAUCCUCACCUCCAAGGUUGCCGAAGUGCGCGAAUAUCUCGAUAUACGUGAGAUUAACGGAUAUACUAUACACUAUACACCUUUUUAUCCCUCUUCUUCCACAUUCAUUAACUCAGACAAUGAGAGUGGCGGGGCUACGAGUAUCAGAACGUUGGUCUAUAUAGGAACGCCCGACAAUGCGCAAUUUACCGGACCGCAAGACCCGCAGAAAUUGGCUGAACAUAUAUGGAGGAGUGAGGGCCCCAGUGGGCUAAAUAGGGACUAUCUUUUGAGUUUGGAUAUUGCCUUGGAUGAGCUGAGUCCUGAGAGCGGGGAUGAGCAUGUCAAGGAUCUAGCAAAUAGAGUUCGGAAGAUAGCUAUGGGGCAUAGAGGUGUCGAAGCAGAAGCAAGUCACUCAAAGGCUAUAGAGCAUGAGCUCAAAAAGGUUAAGAGCACGGAUGAGCAAGAAGAGACCGAAAAGUAA